AUGAGUUUAAGUAUUGAAGCUGAAACAAAAGUCGAUACAGAACCUUGUGUAGUUGCAUGGAGCAAUAAAUUGUUCGUUGGCGGUGAAAAUGGUGCAAUCCUUAGUUUUGAUGAUAAUCUCAAACCUGGACCAUCGUGGGAAGCCCACGGAGUGCAGUUGUUCGCGCUGGCAGCAAGCAAUGGAAAGGUUUAUUCGACAUCUAAUGACGGUGGCGUCAGAGUAUGGAGUUCCGAUGGUGAAAAAAUAACAGAAUUUCCUGCCUCUGAGGCGGACAUAGGCUCAGUGACGGUUUGCGACAAACAUGUGUAUGCUGGUGACGAAUUGGGAAAUAUAUGUGUGUAUCAAGACAAUGUGCUUAAAGCAAAAUAUAAUGUAUUAGAGGAAGUAAAAGACAUUGCCAUAAAUCCACCAUUCAUGUUUACCGCCCGUGACCUUUAUGUAACCGUUACAGAAGUUAAGCCUGAGCAAUCUAAAGAGCGUUUCAUAACACAGCAUGUUAUGGAAGGACGUUCACCGUUAAGAGUUUUUGGAUCAUACCUUGUAGUUACAGGAAGGGGGGGCAAUAGUAUUCAGCUUCAUGAGGCAUCACUAGAUACAAAAUUUAAAAAGUUACAUGAAGUUAAGGUAAGCGAUAUGAUCCUAACUAGUUUAUCAGUAAGUGACAAUGUCGCAUGGACUGGUGGCUGGGACGGUUAUAUACGGCGAUGGAAAAUUUCAGAAGAUAAACUGCAACCGGCUGGUGAAAUGAAUCUAGGUACCUGUAUCAAUGCUCUUAUUGCGCCUACAGGAAGUGGUGCUUAUGCAGUAUUAACAGGUGGAAGAAUUGUCAAAAUAAAAGCUACA